ACACCCUGGUGUCAAAGUUGGUUGUCAGUGUCAUGAGUUCCUAUACAUAAAUUUUAGGAUUUAUUUUUUAGGUUAAGUUACAAAAACAAACAAAACAAUCAAAAUGUUUAGAAAAAUCAGAUUCUCACAAUUAUCGCUAUAUUUCAAUUAUUCUACAAGAGUAGAAAUUGAUGCGGGCUUACGCGAAGGUUUCGAUAAACAGGAGUACAAGCCAAGAAAACAUCCCGGCAGGUCGCAGGUCAAAACCGCAACUCUCCCACCAGAUAUACAAACGGCUAUAAAAGUUGUUCUGCAAGACUCCGGCGCUAAAGCAUACCACCAAGAGAGUGUGAAAUUAAACAACUAUAUCCAUUCGCGUUUGCUUCCACCAGAAGAUGAAGAAAUUCGAAAUAAGGCAUCAAAAAUCCACCAGGCUGUCUCGAAAAAGGUUUUUUCAAAAAUUGGCCAAGAACCCACACAAGAAGAGUUGCAAACUUGUAAUAGGAAGAUAGACACGACAGUGUACAACGUUUUAAAAAAAAACGUUUAUCGUUGGGGCAACAUAUCGUACGAUAAAGCGACUUCACUGCAAUACCUUAUGGCGAGAGCUCCUUCAGAAUAUGCUAUCCUGGUACGUAUUCUAGACGAAAUUAGACGAAGAUUACCAGAUUAUAAGCCUAGAAGCUUCUUCGACUUCGGCUCUGGGAUCGGUACGGGAACAUGGGCUGUCAAUACAUACUGGAAAAAUGACAUAUUCGAAUAUUUUACAGUUGACACUUCAACACAUAUGAACGACUUGGCCAGACUCAUUUUGUGUCAAGGCAGAGACAAUGUAGCGAUGCCGUUCAAAUCAUAUUUCCAAAGACAAUUCCUUCCAGCAUCAGCUGAUUUGAAAUACAAUAUUGUUCUAUCAGCGUUCACAUUAUUUGAAAUGCCAAGCAUGCAGAGCCGAUUAGAAACAAUACAAAAAUUGUGGAACAAAACUGAAGAUUUUCUAAUUGUCGUUGAACAGGGCACUAAUGCUGGAUUUCGAGUUAUAAAUGAAGCUAGAGAAUUCAUACUCAGUAGUGAGGAAAAAGGUUAUGCGUUUGCUCCGUGUCCAAACAAUAAUGUAUGCCCGAGAUAUUUAGAGUUUGAGACACCAUGUAACUUCUUAAUGAAAUUUGAAACAUUAGGUUUUCCGUCGAAAAAGGAAAUUAUGGCUGAUUUGUUCUCUUACAUAAUUUUAAGGAAAGGUGAUAGACCGCCAGAUGAUCCACAGUGGCCCAGAAUAGUCCGAGCACCCAUAGUUAGAUCAGGUCACACAAUAUGUCGGCUUUGUACAAAAAACGGCGAAUUGCAGGAAGUUAUUUUCUCCAAAGGAAAGCAUGAUCAAGCAACGUAUCGAUGUGCGCGGUCCAGCAAUUGGGGUGACACAUUACCUGUUCAAUAAAAUUCAAUGGAUUUACACAA